GAAAAAUGCUAUAGAGCAUUCCUUCAGUCCAAGUUCUCAGUACUAUUCUGCAUGCUUUUUGCUAUCUUAAUUCAGUUUCAGAAAAGUAACUGUAAUAUUUCAGGCAUUCUUGAUUCAACUCAACCUUGAACUGCUGCUCAUUUUCUUAACUUGUUCACUUUGUUUAGCUUGUUCAUCAUGUGCACAAUUUUGACAAACUGUUGCUUCAUGGCCAUGUCGGAUCCUCCGCUGUGGACCAAAUACCUAGAGUAUACAUUCACUGGCAUUUACACGUUUGAGUCUCUUAUAAAGAUCUUGGCCAGAGGGUUUUGCAUAGAGCCCUUCACCUUCCUCCGAGACCCAUGGAACUGGCUGGAUUUCAGCGUCAUCGUCAUGGCGUAUGUGACAGAGUUUGUGGACCUCGGCAAUGUAUCAGCAUUACGGACGUUCAGAGUUCUGCGUGCUUUAAAAACUAUAUCAGUGAUCCCAGGUUUAAAGACCAUUGUCAGUGCUCUCAUCCAGUCGGUUAAAAAGCUAGCGGACGUGAUGAUCCUCUCUGUUUUCUGUCUCAGUGUCUUCGCUCUGAUUGGUCUACAGCUCUUUAUGGGAAUCCUACGACAGAAGUGUGUCCGUAGCCCCGCCCACUGCAUUAACUCCACCUACCCUGGAAACGGGAGCUUCGUUUGUAACAACAAGACCUGGCUCUCCAUCAAGGACUUCUUAACUAAUGAAGUGGGCCCUGUGCUCACUGCCCAGCACCGUGGAGCUGGAUUGGCAUUUGCCAUUGAACACCAGAAUUGGCAGAUCCUCCACUGUUGCCCUGUGCUUUUCACAGAUGAGAGCAGUGAUGGUCUUGGAGGCAUACACAUGGAGGGACGCACAGAUCUUUACAGGCUAGACAAUGGCACCCUGACUGCCAUUAGGUAUCGGAAUGAAAUCCUUGGACCCAUUGUCAGACCCUACGCUGGUCCUGGGUUCCUCAUGGUGCACAACAACGCCCAGCCUCAUGUGGUGAGAGAAGUGCCCUGA